AUGCGAUGUACGUUAGGGGUUGGUUUUAGGUACGGAAACUCAUGUCGUCUACUUCAAUCAAAGAUUUCCCCUGACCAGAACUCAAGAUACUACACCAGGAAGAAAGCAGCUUCUUAUGGAAUUACUGGUUGGGUUAGGAAUACUGCAAAUAGCAAAGUUGAGGGUGAAGCUCAAGGCGAGGACGAUGUGCUUUCAAAGUUCAUGAAGGACAUCGACAAAGGCCCAACCCACUCUCACGUCGUCAAGCUGGAAAAGAAAGAGAUCGAAUUGAUCGACGGAGAGGCAGACUUUGAGGUUAGGCAUUGA